AAUUUGCCCGCUAGCAGCAGCAGGUGUUUCCUAUAUUACUAAUUAGCGGUGAUGCCUCACUUUGUGUAAGCAGAACGUUAGGUGGACCUCAGCGAAAAAGCGUUUCUACUUCUGCUUGUUUGUCGAAAAAAAUGUACUGUAAAACGUAACUUUCAUUUUAUGAAGCUGGGGUAUGUAUUUUCGGUUUUCAUCUCUCUGCAGUGUUUUAUUUCUAAGGUUGAGCAAGCACGUGAAAGAAUAUGGACGAUGGAAGCAAAUCAUCACACACAUAUGGGAACGGACAACAAAGAAUUCAACAUUCCAGGCCUUUCUUCUAUGUCCAGCCGCCUUCUCAACCACACUACAUGUACCAGCAAUGGCAGAUGAAUAACCCAUACAAUCAGUAUGGCUUACCUGGAGGUCUAAACUUUGGCCGUCCCUGCAUGCAGCCAUACCAGUACAUGCAGUAUCCCGGGUUUGUUUACCCACAUGCCCCAUUAUAUCCAAUGGAUUACAGGCGAAUGUAUGAACCCCGCUUCCAUGCGCCUCCUUGGCAUGACAUGCCUCGCCACCAAUACCAGAAUCAGUACCUCCACCAGCAGCCACAGCCUUAUGAGCGUCGUGAAAUGGCCUGUUCAGAGGCUCAAACCGACCCCAGCGACGCCAUAACCCAACUCAUUGAAUGCCUGGAUAAAAUCCGAGCCACAGAGCAGCAUGGCGCUGAGAAAGAGCUUGACUCGGGAGUCGCCUCACACUCCUCGGGAAUGUUUUCUCCAGGAGAAGAGAAAAAAAGUGGAGAACAGGGUCAAAUCCUGCCCUCGCCGCCUAAUGACAGUCAUUUGGAGUCUCCUGCUGUGGCCUUCAGUGACUCUACCACAGCGGUGUAUGAUGGCGAGUCAAGUCAACGCAGCUUGGAUGGCCUGAGUCCCGCAGGAUGCUGGUCCACAGGAUUUCAAGAGGAGUUGCCUCUCGAUAGCUCCUCAACUCACGAAGAGUGUCCCGAGUUGAAGCAGCCAGCAGCAGACGAACACUUCCUCCCUGUAGAGAAAGCAGAAGUUGCAGAUUUCCAGUCAGAUAUGUCAGCAACCAAUGCAGGUGUAACCAAAUGUGACGCUAAAGAGCUCCCAAAACAGAGAGUGGAUCCAAUCCUGCCAUCUUCAUCUUUUACCUUCAGUCAGUCGGCACUCAAAGAUGCUAGAAGUGUUGACAAAGUCUCAAAGAGUGAACAUCACAAAGGUUGUCCGAGCUACCAGAUCCUCAAGCUGCCUUUUGACAGCGUUCUGACCCCCAAAGAGGCUCGAGCCACCUCCCUCUCCCCCCGUAGUGCUCCUUACUACUACAACUACCUGUCCAUGCAGUCCACCCAUGAGCGGAUGAGCGUGCUCAGUCCAUCUCUGGACGAGCUCUCUUCCAGAGACGAGAUGUUCUCUACAGAUCUGGAUGAUACAGAUCUUUGCCCCAAACACGUGUAUACAGGCAGGAGGCUUGCAGAGGUUGUAAGUGGGCCUCCGCAAGCUGCUAAAGAAUUAGAUGAAGUGUGGCUGCCAGGAUCAAAGAGGUUCAUGUGUGCGUGCUGUGGGAAAAGCUUCGCAAAAGGAGUCACAAGGAGUAAAGUCCACAGCUCCAAGAUAUACAGGGAUGAGGGCGGAGACUCUGAGGAUGAAAGGUUUGAGAGAGCCUGUGAGAAGCCCGUCAGAGUGAUUGUGAGGAAGCAUUCUGCACCCAAAAAGCCUCUGUCUCUCCCACUGAGACAAGCUGCAAAAUCCUCGUAUAAAAGAGGCCAAUACAAAGAUCCCUUGGAUCCAGUGACCCAGGAGGAAGAUCAUGAUGUCAGUGAGCAGGGGCCAGCUGAUGAGGCUGGAGACAUGACUGGUAGUGAGCUGCAACGCAGAAUAUGCCAGGACGGACCCUGCAGAGAAGAUCUGACCUUUGCAGACCCAGGCAGGUGGGGAGACGGUGACUUGAUUCCCAGGCAGAGACAAGCAUUCGCUCUGCAACGACAAGAGAUGAGUACUCAGAGGAAACUGAUGUACCACAGGCCAAGAGAUGAGGAUGAUGACGAGCCACCCCCUUUACACUGGGAGAAAGGCUCUACGACGAGAGAACCAAGAUGUUAAUGAAGCCAAACUGUGUUGAACUGUCCCCCUUAAAGGUGUAAUAGUCAAGAAUAAUAUGUAAAAAAAUAUUUAGAGCACCAGGUGAAAUGCACCACACACCUAUUUAUGUUUAGAUAAAAGCUUUAAAAAAUGUAUAAAGUUUCUGCAGCGACACUGUCUUGCACUAUUCGUUAUUUAGGAAUUCACAAAUGUCAUAUGGGCUGAAGGUCGUGUUGCACAUGAUGGUGUGCCACAGUUUGGGGCCAGUCCAAUAAAAAUAUUGUCAUUAUUUCAA